AUGGCGGACCACAACGACAGACGACGUUCUGUGAUGUCCAGUAAACCCAGAGAUGAAUCCGGCAGCCGAAGGCAUGAAAAGAAGAAACACAAAAAACAUAAACACAAGAGCAAACGUAAGCAUGAAAAUGGUGAACGUUCCCACAAACACAAAAAGUCAAAACACAGUUCGCAGUCAGACAUGGAGGCUGAGACAGUGGGCGGUUCCAAACGGCCCAGGUUUGACCAUGAUGAUGUAGAGUUGCAGAGACUAGAGGCAGCUCGACAAGCUCUCAGAGCAGAACUGAGAAGUCGAGAUGGAGACGAUGCUUUAAGGGCAAUUAACCUUGUCUAUAGGGGUUAUGGUACAGACUCAGAAGAAGAGGGCGAGGUUGAACAUGAAAGUCUGAAAGAAGAUCUUCGCAAAGCCAGAGAGGUGCUAGCACGUAUGGACUCCCAGAGGAGCAGCCAGAGUCAGCCAAGCGAACGAAACCCGUUGUUGCAGCCGGAACUAUUAGACGGCAGUAAUCACACGUCACACAGUCAGUUUAUUUUAUAUGAAGACUUCACAAUAUCCAAGUCUAGAGAGGAUAUCGAUGCACUAGAGGAACGAGACAGAAGCAGAAGACAGAUAGAAGCCAGUCAACAAGAGGAUAGAAGCAGAAGACACAUAGAAGCCAGUCAACAAGAGGACAGAAAUAGAAGACACAUAGAAGCCAGUCAACAAGAGGACAGAAAUAGAAGACACAUAGAAGCCAGUCAACAAGAGGACAGAAAUAGAAGACACACAGAAGCCAGUCAACAAGAGGACAGAAAUAGAAGACACACAGAAGCCAGUCAACAAGAGGACAGAAAUAGAAGACACAUAGAAACCAGUCGUCAACAAGAGGACAGAAAUAAAAGACACAUAGAAGCCAGUGGUCAACAAGAGGACAGAAAUAAAAGACACAUAGGAGCCAGUCGUCAACAAGAGGACAGAAAUAAAAGACACAUAGAAGCCAGUGGUCAACAAGAGGACAGGAGCAGCUCUGUGUGGCCAGUGCCAUCUGAUGGUGAGACUUUAGAUUUGCUAGAUGAAGGUUUGAAGCUUCUGGACAGUGUCGGUGUGGCUUCAUCGGCGACCACUUCCACAAAUAAACUGACCCCAUCCUUGGCUGCUCGCUUGGGGCCAGAAGUUCGCUCUGUACGGGCAAAAGUGCAGAGUCUCAUCCGUUCGACCAGGUCCAAAUCAUCAGAGGCUGAAUCUCAUCAGCAAGACCAGCCUCCACGAGAAAAUGUUCGUAGGGACCGAGGGGGCAAGGAAAACAGAGUAGUCGAGAUCUUUGAUAGUGAUCAGGAGGAGGACGAGGCACAUGGGAACGAUACAAAUUUGGAGGUUAUAAACAUUGAUGAUGAUGAUGAUGUAGUAGAGGUGAGGAAUCAGAGAGGACAGAAACUUGGCAGUACAGAUGAGCAAGAUGUUUCCAUUGUGGAAGAAAAGUCACACCUGCCUGGCAUGAAGUCAGACAGGAGAAUUCACAGGAGCCCAAUGAGGAGUAAGAAAGCUGAGUCUGUAGAGAAGAUGAGUUCCAGGGUGUCGGGACCAAACAAAGAAUCAUCCAGAUCAAGGAGAGAUGAAACAAAGAAAGCGGACGAAAGUAGAAGGAAGCGAGAAGAGAGUGGUAGAAGAGAUGACAAACGAAGAGGAUUUGAUGAAGGGCGAAGAGUACCUGAAGAAGGUCGUAGGGGACCUGAAGAAGGUCGUAGGCUACAUGAUGAAGGUCGCAGGGGACCUGAAGAAGGUCGCAGGGGACCCGAGGAAGGUCGCAGGGGACCUGAAGAAGGUCGCAGGGGACCCGAGGAAGGUCGUAGAAUACAAGAUGAAGGCCACAGGGGGCCUGAAGAAAACCGCCGAAGGGUUGAUGAUGGCCGCAGAGCAGGUGAAGAUCUCCGUAGAGGAUUGGAAGAUGAACGAAGAGUACCGGAUGAUGGCCGGCGAAUGGUAGACGAUGUUCGCAGAAAUAAUAAUAUGAGAGAUCGAAUGGAUGAUGUGAGAAUGGGGCCUGACAGACAGGAGAGAAGACGGGAUGAUGGUCGGCCCGCCGAUAGAGGAGCUAGGAGAAGGACCCCAAGUCCGUUUAUGGGAAGACGAUACCGAGAAGGAGCAGACAGGGGUCGAGACAGAAAUGAUCGCAGAGGAAAGUCUUCAGAAAGGGAUGCUGAUAGGUCAAAAGAAUCAGAGGAUAAAUUUAAGGACAGCUUGUCCGAAGGUUUGGCUUUACAGCGCCAGGAGUCUGAGGAGGAAGAGGAAGACCUGGACAUUGAUCUUGAUGAUGAUGAAGAAGAUGCUGAUGCGAUCAUUGCCAAGAGGAGGCAAGAAAGACAGAGGUUGUUAGAGAACUUGAAAAAAGGCAACAUGAAUGAUAAUUUAAAUUCAACUGAUCCGGCACCCAUUAUGGAAGGACAAACCAUUCCAGAGCAAGAAGAGGCAAUGAUAAUCUCAGUGGAUGAUGAUGAAAACAAUAGAGAAGACCCAACAAGAACAAAUCAGGAAUUGUAUUCAUAUGCGGAUGGAUACAAUGAUGAGAACAGUAUGAG